UGCAAAUUUGCAACUCAUCCCGAUUUAGUUUCUGGAAAAGUGCAGCGCCACUUUCUCCUACCCCCACGUGCCUAGCAUGUGGAGAAGAUCAAGUGCCCAUCACGUCGCAUCAGAAGCGUGACUAACGUGUGACGUUCAAUCCCAAUUGCAAUUUCGGUAUCUUCGGAAUUAUACGUCAACUUGGAUCGUGUGUCAACCGGAAAUCGGCCGCCGAAACACGAUACAAAAACAUAUCGUUGAUCAUACACUUCCCACUGCCACUGGGUUAAAAAAGAAAUGAAGUAAAACAACCGGAAGAAGCCAAUAACUCAAUUACACAAAUUAACGAUCCGAUUCAAGUGAAAUCGGUGGCUGCUUGAAAUGACUUCAAAUCCUUCUCUUCUUCCUGAGAUCGGACCCGAUGGUCUCGCCAGAGAAGCCUUUGUCAUUGCCUACACCGAGAAGAUAAUCGAGGAAGAGCAGCUUCAGUUAAAAAAGUAUAUUGAGGAAAACUAUUCUAAAAUACGUGAUGUGGAGAGAGAGCUAGCAAGUCUUAAUAUGGAGAUGAAACUUACUGCUGGACCUAAAAAAGCAGCACUUGAACACUUGAGAAAGAAAAUAGAAAUGUCAACUGAAAGAAUUCGUGCUGCCAGGCAGAAGGAAGAACAAGCACGAAAGGCUUGGGAAGCUGCAACAAAAGCUGUGCAAGAUGAGGAAGCAAUUAAGCAAAAGUUAUGUGAAGACUUAAAUCAGCUGGUCCAAGAAAGCAGUAAUUCCCAGUUUUCCAGACUUGAGGAAUUAAAAAGAAGGCUGGAAGCUUUAAACCCUAGCAGAGCAUCCAUCUCCAAUACUCAUGAUGGGAAAUCAUACAGCACAGCUCCAGAAGUAUCUUCAAUUCCUCUUUCAACAGCACCAGGUGGUAUAGUCACUGCAAAUAUACCAAAUCAAGCAAAUGGUGGAAACGUCCAAGCAAUGAAUGGGCCAAAUCAGCAGCCUAAUCUUGAGGGUGAAGGCAGGGGGAAAAAGAAAAUUCAAUCCCAAGGAAGAGGAAGAGGAAGAGGAGUUGGGGCUGUGCCCAAGGGUAGAGGAUCUACAACACCAGGCUGGACUGGGGCUGGGUUUGAUGUAGAUGGUAGAAAUUAGAACUGCCAUUUCGGAUUCUUUUCCCAUGCUGAACCAGUGGGAAUAGUUCUGUUACUUUACUUUCUCUUCCUAAGGUUCUAUCCAUUCAAUUGAAAAUAGUCUGUUGAUAUGGAAAUAUCAUCUAACUUUUCAGACUUCAGAUUGCGGGUUGAAUCGUGUCACCAUUAUUCUACAUCAAUCAAGUAAUGUUUCAAGAAUGUUAUAAUUAUCUAUUCUUUCUUUUCAAUGGCACUCAUCAUUUUCUGUUA